AUGGAUAAUAAAGGAUUAGAAGAGAUUUCUAAAAAUCCUUUAUUAGCUCCUAAUAAACGUAAAAAAGCCAAUAAAACAAGAACAGUUAAAGAUUUAUUCAACGAUGUUGGACCUGAAGCAUCAUUUAAAGAUAAACGUGGACGACCAUGGUUUAAAAAUCCACGAGCUUAUGUUAAACAGAAGUUAGCACCUAAAACUGAAAGAAUCGAUGAUGACCACUCACAGUCUAGUGAUGAUGGUGGUAGUAACAGUGACAGUUCUAGAUCGAGGGAUUCAGAAUCAAAAACCUCGUCUGACAGUGAUGAUGGCAAUGAAGUUGAUUUUUUCGAGGAUAUUGAAGAUCUUCAAGGUGCUGACUGGUAUGAGUUGACAAAAGAUUCUGUUCCCACAAGCCAAUCAACUCAUCGGUUAGCUUUGCUUCAUUUCGACUGGGAUAAUGCUAAACCAGAGACUAUUUACAUGGUUCUUGAAUCAUUUUUACCUGCUAGAGGACAUAUUGAAAAAGUGACUAUCUAUCCAUCUGAAUUCGGAAUUAAACGUAUGGCUGAGGAGGCUAUUCAUGGACCACCUGAACUACGUCCUAGUGAAUCAGACACUGAAUGCAAUGACAAUGAGAAUAACAAUAACAAUAAUCGUAAUAAUUUAACUGAAGACAAUUCAACUAUGGCUGUUGAUGUUGACGAAAAAUCUGGCUGGCGUAAAGCCUCCGCAAAACUUCGACGUCGUAUUCGUGAAUAUCAAUUGGCUAGAUUGAAAUAUUUCUAUGCUAUUAUCGAAUUUGAUAGUGUUGAAACCGCUGAAGCCAUAUAUGAAGCUUGUGAUGGUCUUGAAUACGAGAGUUCUGGUUCACGUUUGGACUUGCGAUUUGUUGAUAAUGAUCAAACUUUUGAAGUACCUGCUGAAUACGCUCACUUAGUAAGUGAAUGUCGUGAAAUUAACAAGGCCAAGUAUAAUCCUCUUCGAUUUGAAACAAGCGCUUUACAUUCAACACGUAUUGGUAUAACAUGGGAUAAAACACCCGCGGAAAGAACUAAUUGGUUACGUGAUCAAUUUCGUUCAGAUGUUGAUCCAAAGACAACAUUAACUGAGCAUAGAGAUGAAAUGGAAAUCACGGAAUUGAAAAGAAAACGCUUUAUUGCUAACCGGAUCAAAUUAAUGUCAGCACUGUCUCACUUUAUUGUUUAA